UCAAAACCGACGCCGGAUGUAACAAUAUGCGGCUUAGAGCCCUCACUUUGUCGCUCUUGUCGGCGAUCGUAUUGCUCUACGGCAAGACACGUGCUCACAUGAACUUUUUUAUUACCGAAGAAGAUGUUCGAAAGUUGCUGGGCAUAAAUACCGAGUUAUACUACGUACAAAAGGGAGUAGUAAACGACUAUGCGAUCAAUUUUGUGGUGUUGUUGCCCAAUGACGUGGAUUCAAUUCAAUUUUCAUGGCAGAGUUUGCUGAACUAUUCGUUACCCUACAUACUCGAUGUGAAGUAUGGACCUGGAAAUAAAGGGACGCUUCUACCACCCCAAAUGAAUAUUUCAUCAAGCGGCUAUAUACCGACAUCUGUGCAGACGUUUAGAAUUACAAUGGUGUGCACUGGAGUUAAAAGUGCAGAGAUAACAGUGUUCAUCCAAUUGUAUGUAAGCACUAAGGAGAAAGCGAAUGCCACCGUGGUGAAAUUCAAAAGAAACAAAGUCUGCCUCAAAGGUAUUGGGAAUACACAGAACGAGUCUAUCCGGUUAAACCCCAGUUAUUUCGGAAGUUCAUCAGACUUCGCCGUCGCUUGUGUUUUAACUCUGAUUGCAUUGGCCCUAUUUGCGGUCAUAACUUCGGCUUAUUACAUAAAGACAAAAAAGAGGGAACAGGAACACACAUACAUGACAGCCCUCUAUGACAGCAAUCCCCACAUGUUCUUGAGACCGGGAUUCGGCAGGCCCCCAAGCAUCGGCAGUGGAAGUUAUGCAACUAUUGACGACUUACAGAAGAAUCCACCAUCCCCUGCUCCAUAUGCUACCAGCGACUGCUGUCGCCAUUCUGAGAACAACAGCAACUAUCGUGUAUCUUAUUAUGCGUCUUCACAAGUUAUGCUGAUUUCUCAGAUAGCACACAAUGAUCCACGUCUGACUGAUCCCUCCAAGAGGAUUUCGACGUUGGCAGUACCACGAUCCGCCAUCCAUGUGGAUUCUCUUCAAGAAGAAGGAAUCUUUGGCAAAAUUUACCUUGGGAAGUACCAUGAAAAGAUUGUUACCAUCAAGACAACUAAAGAUACGGUCUCGAAAAGGUUGUUAAAUUUAUUUUUGGCAGAGGGUACGAUGAUGUUUGGAAUGGAUCACAAAAACGUCUUGAGCGUACUCUGUGUCAACACGGAAAAUCCCACUAGACCUUUGCUGGUUUUUUCCUAUGCAAGUAGAGGAAAUUUAAAAAGAUUCCUGGUAAACUGUCGGCAAAGAAAGGAUGACACUACAGUUUCCACUCAAAUCCUGGUUGAUAUGGCUAUUCAGAUUCUUCUGGGGCUGAUGUAUCUUCACAGCAAAAGUAUUUGCUUGAAAGACAUGGCCGCUAGAAAUGCCGUGGUCGGAGAAAAGUUCGACAUAAAAAUUACGGACAACUGUCUGUCCCGAGACAUGUUCCCCAAUGACUACUUUUGCGUUGGGGAUAAGGAGAGCAAACCCAUUAAGUGGAUGGCUUUAGAAAGCCUCGUAUAUGACCAAUGGACUCUCCAAACUGAUGUGUGGGCCUUUGGGGUAACUUUAUGGGAACUAACCACCAUGUGCCAACAACCAUAUGCCGACAUCGAUCCUUUUGAAAUGUCCACUCAUCUUAGGACCGGCUAUAGAUUAGGACAGCCCUUAGGAUGCCCAGACGAAUUAUACUCGGUUAUGUCAUAUUGCUGGCUUCAGAACCCAACAGAUCGUCCUCAGCUAAAUCAGCUUCUAGCUUACUUGAACGAAUUCUACACGGCUCUUUGCAGAUUCGUAUAAAUCAAUGGAUGUCUAUCUAAAUAGCUUUACAGUAGUACAAACCGAACAGUUUUCCCAACAAUUUGCGCUCGUCAUAAUUUAAUGCAGCAAAUCUUUCCAACUAACGCAAGAUUUAAGUUUUUUCUCUUUCCUUUUUUUUCCUUGCCUUUUUUUCACUAAAUAGGCGUAAUGUGCAGCCUCCAGGCAAAUUGUUAGUGGUGCUUAAUAAAUAAUCAAACAAGUUAUAAUUCUGAAGCCUUGAGCAAGAUUAUUGAAGGCAAAUUUAGCCGAACAUCAGUAUAAUCUUCCAAACGUAUAUUGGGAGAAGACGGCUUGGCUUGACUCGCAUAAUAAUCUCAUUUCUAAAUGCACUUGAUGGUAUAUCCUCUUAAAGGAACAUUCGCCAGUGUUUUAAAGAUUAUUUUGACCAUGAAAGCUUCCGUUCAAAAUACAUAAACAUGAAAGAAUCUUAAGAUAAUGGGAACUUGAUUUGCUGUUACCUUGGUUUAAAAUUCUUAACUGCUUUUCCAUUAAUUAAGUGUAAUUUUGCUUUUUUUACGUCGAAAUCAUCAGCAAAAAUGAUUGGCGCAAUAGGAGGAACUGCAAACUGAAGUAAUCGUUUUGACAUUAAAACAUAUCUUCGCUUAUGUGCAAUUAGAUUUGUGUAAAUAUGAUUGAAAGGUUUGCACAAGGUGAUAUCUUCGGUUAUUGUUAUCUGCAUGUAGGUAUUUUGUGCAAAUCAGAUUUUGCUGCGUUAGAUUGGGCCUCUGAGAUUUAGUAAAAUCUAAGAUACUGCAAAACUGAAAUAUAUUUCUCAAAUAAAGACUGAAAAUAUAUUUACAUGUAUUAUAUAAAAGUGUUAAAUAUAGAAUUCAGACAUUGCAUUGUUGUGCAAUAUUUGAAGUUACAGAUGCUCUGAUUUCACACGGGGAGGAUUAACAAUUAGUGUUUGUACAGCAUAAACUAGGUGUAAGACUUAAUUGCUUAUGGGACCUAUAAACAUUUCGUAAAUCUCUUUUUACAACUGGUUUUCCUUAAGCAGGAAUGGUACAAUAAUUUUAAUUAUAAAAUGCCUGAAACGUUCUUAUCAAAUCCUUACCACGUGGCUGUAUUCUUGCUACAAUUUCCUAUCCAUGCACAAACAGCCCUAAUAUUUAUUUUAGUUCUAUAUCAUAAAUCAUGAAAACUAAGGACGUAUCAGAAUCUCAAAAUCAACUUGUAUUAUGUGCUUUGUGAUAAAGCAUUUUUGGUAGUAAAAGAACAAACUAACAUCCUCGAACUGCAACUAUACCGAAAGUUACAUCGGCAAACAGAAACAAAAGUUUUACUGCCCUGUAAAAUUUACAAAAGUACUCGAAAACCCGGUUUUUAUUGGGUAUAUAAUUAACAAGUCAAAGAGGCCUAAAAUGUUUGUUUUCUAUUUAUAUAAGGGCUUUGCUAAAAAUUACACCAUUCUUAUGUAAAUAUACGUUUUCAUUUUUAUCUUAGCCUGUCUUUCAGGCCAUUUGUUGUGGCAUUUGCUUGAGUCAACAGAUACGAGGACUGUACAUUUUUAAUAGUUUCGGCAACUACCCUUUAAAGGGCAGGAUUUUAUUGACUUGAUAUUAUAGCCAUGACAAGGACAUACUAAUCAAAUCAAAAAAACUUCAAUCAACACUUGAUGAUAAGCUUUAAUUUACACGAAUUUGUGAAACGUUAUUACUCCCCGUUAGUUAAGGAUUAUUCAUAUACAUGUUUUAUGUAAUUAAAUCAUUACGCAACUCGAUGGAUUUGCCUAUUUAAUAAGUGUUACUAAGUGUUUUGUCUUGCGCAACUGUGGUAAAAAAACUAAAGGAUACAUCAAGCAUUUUUCAUUAAGCAAAAACAAUUAAUAUAAAAACUACUUUUGAAGAAGCAUAAAUCUUCCAUAGAUUCCUAGUUCUCAUUUUUUGCACGAUUGCUUGAUGGAUCUUAAAACUUCCGAAAAAUUAAUCCAAACCAGCGGGAUCAGUUAUUUCUCCCCAGCUUCAUGCCCUUAACAACAAUCAUUUGGCCCCGUUGUAUAUAAUAUUAUGUAUAUAAAAUUAACCACAACGCGCAUGUUUUUCAGUAUUAUUGUUAUUUAAUAUAAUUGAUAAACGUUUUGACAAUCCCUUAUACCUAUAAGGGUUGAAUGAAUGGGACAACAGGGUUUACAAUGUUAAAUUAAAGAGAAUCUAGGGAUCAACUUUUUAGUAUUAGUGCAACAAUAAAUGAAUAUUGUAAAGAAUAUAUAAAUAUAUUAAGUAUAUUUUUAAAGAUAGGCUUUUCUAACGAUAGUUCGGAAAAUAUAUGCGGAAAGUCAGCAAGUUUUUCUAAAAAUUCCCAUUGCUAAAAUCAGUCCACUUUUUAACGCUCAUCUAGGAGUCAAUUCUGCUUCAAUUCGGAGACAUAUCCAUGCUGUGCUAAACGAAAAAAUCUAACUAAUGAACGAACUGCAUUACUUGAUAGAACAGACAUUUUGAACUGCGUCUCAACAGUUUUAGCCGAGAUUAUGUAUCUACAUUAGAUUGAACAAGAAUGGUGGUUACUCGUAUCAAGCGACGACAUUUUGAAAGAGGAUUACUCGAUAAGAACAGCCAUAAUUAAACAGAAGUGCACAUAAAUUAAAGCAGUUUGAGUGCUAUCUCAAGGCAUAAUUUAAAUGUUUUUCUUUGGCAAAUACCAAGUUCCGAAGCUCCGCCUUAUCGCGUUAUAAUGUAACCCGCUUUCGACUGGAACCAGUACCAAAAUGAUGUUUGUUUUUGUUACAAGGCUAAUUUCUACUCAACAUAUGUCGCUGAAUAAAUAUGUCUGGAUUAGAUCAACUAGUCAAGCUGUAAAGCAAAUCGUUAAUAGUAUUAUUGUCCACGGUGUUUCCAAGUCCGCUUGCAUCAGGUGAAAAAUUGCUAAAAUCCAUUUCCGAAAUUGAAAUUGAUCGGCAAAAUUAUUAAUUUACAUUGAAAUUGAUUUUAGCUUCUAAACGACAGGAUAAAUUGCUUAACUUUUCUGCUAGAAGCAAGCUGCUUAAAGAUGGUUGCUUAUCAGAAAACUGAAAAAUGAAUGGUCAUUUGGGAACUAAAAUUGAAUUAAACGAGCGAGUAAUUUAGCGUAUGAUUUCAACAAAUCCAAUUAUCGAGAAACGGUAAUUGCUACCAACUUAGUAUAAAACGCGCAUAAUCAUUGAACGAUAUGGAAAGUAUCUGCCUACUAAUUAAUAAUUGUAAUGGUUAUACAUGUUAUAAAAUGUUGUCGAAAAUAAAUGUCACUUACAUAAAUGUAACGUAUAUAACCAGAUGUUAAACCUAAAUGUCUUAAAUGUUGAAACAUUUGCUAUUCCUUUGAAGGAAUAUCAAAUUUGUAUUUUUGGUGUAAUAAAACGUAUUGAACGUUAAA